AUGUCGGUACGCAAACCCGUCUCAAUUGUUGUCUUCAGCCUCGUCCUAUUAGCUUCACUUUUCUUCAAAGGCCCCUGGCUGACCCAGUCCACACAGGAUAAGACGAGCGCGAUUACUGACUGGGUCAAGCCCGGCGAUAAAAGUGGCGAGUUCAAGCGCCAACAAUCCGUGUUCAGGAACUUCAUCUCGAAAGAUCCGAAUUCGGAAUUCCCAGCGGAAAAGGGCCGGUAUCAUUUAUAUGUCAGCUAUGCUUGCCCGUGGGCACAUAGAACGCUCAUUGUGAGAAAAUUGAAGGGCUUGGAGGAUAUCAUUCCAUUCACCAGUGUGCAUUGGCACAUGGCCGAGAAAGGCUGGCGCUUCGCCACAUCGGACGAAAAACUUCCUGGUGAGAACUCUGGCCCAGACCCACUACACCCGGAUUUCACACAUCUCCGAGACCUCUACUUCGCCGCCAACCCGGACUACGAAGGGCGCUUCACGGUCCCCACACUCUGGGACAAGAAGAAGAACACGAUCGUGAGCAACGAAUCUUCCGAAAUCAUCCGCAUGUUCUACACGGAAUUCGACGACCUGAUCGAGGACAAAUACAAAAACAUCGUCCUGUACCCCAAAGACCUCCAAUCCAAAAUCGAAGAAACCAACUCCUGGACCUACGACGACAUCAACAACGGCGUGUACAAGUCCGGCUUCGCCACCUCACAAGAAGCAUACGAGAAGAACGUCAAACAGCUCUUCAAAUCGCUCGACCGCGCUGAGGCCGACCUGGGCAAAUCGUCUGGACCGUUCUACUUCGGCGACAAAGUCACCGAGGCCGACGUUCGCCUUUUCACGACCAUUAUUCGGUUUGACCCCGUAUACGUUCAGCACUUCAAGUGCAACAUCAGAGAUAUUCGCAGUGGCUACCCUAACUUGCAUAAGUGGGUGCGCAAUCUCUACUGGAAUGAACCGGCAUUUGGAGAGACCACCCAGUUCGAGCAUAUCAAGGGCCAUUACACCAAGAGCCAUAAGCAGAUCAACCCUUUCGGCAUUACGCCUGUCGGCCCCGUCCCGGAUAUCUUGAAGGUCGAUGAGGAGGUGAAUGCUGCCAAGAAGUAG